CGGAUGUACCUGCCCAAGUGGGCGCCUCUGUAAUAGGCGAUAUGCCUAAGCUCAGUUAAGUAAUAAAGCUUUGCUUUGCUCUAAAAAAAAACUUUCCCCAUUGCGGCUGCACCCCACCCUAGACUCCGCCGCCGCCGCCGCCGCCCCAAUGAGCACGCAGGACGGCGAGAUGUCGGCCACCCUCCACCACCGCCCCCGCUCGCCGCUGGAAGACGAGGAUCUGCUCCCCGAGAUCCUCCUCCGCCUCCCGCCGCAGCCGUCCUCUCUCCCCCGCGCCUCCGCCGUCUGCAAGCGCUGGCUCCGCCUCGUCUCCAACCGCGGCUUCCUCCGCCGCUACCGUCGACACCACCGCCGCAGCCCUCCCCUCCUCGGUUUCUUCCGCAACGACCUGCGAGGUAUCUCCUACACGCCUGCCAUGGAGGCCCCCGAUCUUGUUCCCGCCGACCGCUUCUCCGUGCAUCUCCACGACGCCGGCUGCCGCUUCCGUCUCCUCAGCUGCCGCCACGGCCUCGUGCUCAUCUCCCACUCGUUGCGGAACCAGGUCCUGGUGUGGGACCCCGUCACCGGCGACCAGCACCGCAUUGCCGCUCCCCUGGGGUUCGACAUGAACAGUACCCCGAUGGACGGGGCGGUGCUUCGCGCUGCUGCUGGUCGGGCAUUCCAUUUACUGGCUGCUCCCUGGGGAUGAUAUAAGUGUAAUUCUUGAAGUUGAUUUGCAUAGCCAGAUUCUAGCUGUGAUACAGGUGCCAGCAAAUAUGUUUGCCAAAGGUCAGUUCUUGAUGGUUAUGCGAGCAGAGGGUUGCAGUUUGGGCAUACUCUCCCUGUCAGAAUUCAGGGCUGAGUCAUGGAAGAGGAAUAUCAACAGUGAUGGUGUUGUUUCAUGGGUGCUGGGACAAACUUUUGAACUGGACAAGCUACUUCCCCUGUCUUCAGAUAAGACAAGCUACAUAUCGAUGCUAGCUUACGCUGAGGAAAAUAAUGUGGCUUUCUUGCGUACAGUUGCCGGUAUCUUCAUGGUCCACCUUGAGUCAUUGCAGUUCAGUAAACUUCCUGAAAGCAACAACGCUAUUGUCUGUUAUCCAUUUGAAAGUGUCUAUGCUGCAGGCAUUGGUGGUGCCAUGUAGCUGAUCAAGAUGUGCUAGUAUGAUGUACUGGUUGAGCAGGCAAGCUUAUCUUCUGAAUUUAUGUCGAGGCACCGGAGUUACGUUUUGGUGGCUGAGAUGCAGAAGUGGCUUGUUUUGAUGCGAUGCACACAGAAAUUUACCCUUUAUGUAGGAUGCAGUGGUCAGCUGUGAAGUGGACUUGUAGGAAUUAAUCACUUAUUUUGCUCAAACCCGUCUUAUUAUCGAACGCAGUCCAUUGGCCAACUGACAUGAAGACAUGAGAUUUGCUUGUAUUAAUCAGUACCUUUCAGUUGAUCUUGCUUGCUUGCACUCCGUGUGUUCGUAUUUUCACAGUUUCUUGUGAUUGAUUUUCCAUGUUGCAU